UUCUUCCAGAGCUUCACCCCAACUGUACACCUCAUCGUACGGUUCAGUUUCGAAGCUGUGAACAGGAAGAGUCCUCGGUCGAAGACAUAGUCAGUAAUGGGCUCCCCCGAGAUCCGACACCGUUAAAGCCCCCACGUCCCAGCUCCGAUCCUCUGCUCAGACGAAGUUCACCGGUUAAUCGAUCGGUUCCUCUUCCCCGGAUUCCCAUGAACCCGGUCAACGCGCUCGCAGUCGUCCGGAUGCUGACCCAGAACCUCGGUGGGCCGCUGCCGGCGCCCCAACAGCAGCCUUACUACUACACCGCGGGCCCCUUGCAGGGCGACGACAUAUCCUUCGGGUCGGUGUGGUGGUUCGUGUACGCGGGCGUGUCCUGCUUGCUGGUGCUCUUCGCCGGCAUAAUGUCGGGCCUCACUCUCGGCCUUAUGUCCCUCGGCCUCGUCGACCUCGAGAUCCUCCAGCGCAGCGGCACCCCCGACGAGAAGAAACAGGCCGCUACCAUUCUUCCAGUAGUCAAAAAGCAGCAUCAGCUUCUUGUGACAUUGCUUCUGUGUAAUGCUGCUUCUAUGGAGGCCCUUCCCAUAUACUUGGACAAGCUUUUUAAUCAGUAUGUUGCUAUUGUGCUCUCUGUUACGUUUGUUUUGGCAUUUGGAGAGGUGAUUCCACAAGCAAUAUGCUCUCGAUAUGGACUUGCUGUGGGCGCCAAUUUUGUGUGGCUAGUGAAGAUAUUGAUGGUUAUUUGCUAUCCAAUCGCAUAUCCUAUUGGUAAGGUUCUAGACUGGGUACUUGGUCAUAACGAGGCACUGUUUCGACGAGCUCAGAUAAAAGCUCUUGUCUCCAUUCACAGUCAGGAGGCUGGUAAGGGAGGUGAACUUACACACGACGAGACCACGAUUAUCAGUGGAGCACUAGAUUUAACUGAGAAGACUGCUGAGGAGGCUAUGACGCCCAUCGAAUCUACUUUCUCUUUAGAUGUCAACUCAAAGUUGGACUGGGAAGCAAUGGGGAAGAUUCUUGCUCGUGGUCACAGUCGAGUUCCUGUCUAUUCUGGGAACCCGAAAAAUAUUAUUGGGCUUCUAUUGGUCAAAAGUCUUCUCACUGUACGACCUGAAACAGAGACCCCUGUCAGUGCUGUUUCCAUCAGGAGAAUUCCACGGGUUCCUUCAGAUAUGCCCCUGUACGAUAUCUUGAAUGAGUUUCAGAAAGGCAGCAGUCACAUGGCUGCGGUGGUUAAAUCCAAGGGCAAUAAAGCAAAGAAUCUUCCACCAACUGCUGAAGCAGACAAUGUGGAGGAAAAUAGAGCUGCUUCAGGAGAUUCUCAGCUGACAACUCCUUUGCUUCCGAAACAAGAUGAGAAAUUCGAUAGUGUUAUCCUCGACAUUGAGAAGGCUCCAAGGGCUCUGAAAGUGAACGAUGCAGCUAUUAAUGGAAUUCCUCAGGCUCACUCUUCAGAGGAUAUUGAAGAUGGUGAGGUUAUUGGGAUCAUUACCCUCGAAGACGUGUUUGAAGAACUUCUCCAGGAAGAGAUUGUCGAUGAAACAGAUGAAUAUGUUGAUGUACAUAAGAGAAUCCGAGUAGCUGCAGCUGCAGCAGCAUCUUCUGUUGCGCGAGCCCCAUCUCUUCGGAGGUUAAACGCCCAUAAAGGAGCAGGAGCGCAAGGCAAGCACGGGCAAAUCUUGAGAAAACCUGCAGAGGACGACUCAAGUUCUGUGAGGACACAAGGAAUCCAGGUGGGGUUCUCACAGCAGUAAUGGGAACAAGAAAUAACAUGCUUUUACUCGUCAUAAUACAAUCAGAAUUCGGGGAAGAUUUUGAUUCCACCGCGAGUGCUGAGGAGAUGCUUCUGCUUCUGCAUGCAUUUAUGUGACUUUACAGAUGGAGUCUGCUAUGUCCGUUGAGCAAAAGCAGAAGCAUCCUGUAUUUUUUGAAUUAAGUCCGUAGUUACAGUUCUGUAAGGAGUCUCGUCAUCUGAUAGUCGAUUCUGAUAUUGAGAGAGUUCUUUUGAGGUAUCUGUUCUUUCGCUGUUAUAUACCAAAGAGAAGCUUGUCGAUCCUA